AUGCAAGAGUUCAACGCCAAUCUCCGAAACGCGAUUGCACGAGGUCUAACACCAGGUCCGCGCCUCUUCGUCGCGACCAAAGUCCUCGCAAGCACCGGGUCCUUCGAGCUACGGACAGAGAACUGUGCCGGCGGCCACUGCCUCCCGGCUGGCGCAGACGCCGUCGAUGGCGUUGAGCAAUGCCGACAAGCGGUUCGACGCCGAAUCGCAGCCGGAGCCGAUAUCAUCAAGUUCUUCGCUGAUUACCGACGACGGAUUGGCCUUCGGCCCAGCAGCAUCCUUAUAUUCCAGGCGUGCUGCAUCCGCCCAAGGAGCCUAGUCCCGAUUACAUGGUGUUCUCGCAAGAAGUGA